AUGAAAUUUCUUUAUAGGUCUAGAGACGUAGAGGGUGGUGGCGUUGGAGCAUUACAUGUCGUAGGUGUACAAGCAAUUUUAACUGAAUAUUUGAUUAGAUAUGUUGAUUUAAUCUUUAGUGACAGAAUACCAGCUUUCCCGAGUCCUUGUUUAGAAGAUGGAAGUCCAAAAAGAAUACGACCAAAAUCUUUAGCUAUUUCUACUCCAACAAAAUUAUUAUCUUUAGAAGAAGCAAGGUCAAGAGCUCUUUCUGCAAAUCUUCUUCCCAUGCAACAGAAAUAUAUUGACGUUGGUGGCGGACCUCAAAAUCUUCCCGAGAAGUAUCAUACUGUUAUUGAUUUACCUAUCAAUAAACAAGGAACUAACAAAUUAAAGAAAUCACCAUCAGGGUGGAAAUCCUUUUUCUCCCGAGGAUGGUAUUCAAGUAGUACCAGGGGUCGCAAAGAAAUUCAUUCUUCAAACAGAAGCAGAAAAGGACAUAAAAUUAAAAUUUCACCUCAGCAAACACACUUAGCACUUCAGGUAGUUAAAGUAUAUGUAGUUUUCUAUUUUAUAUAACUAAAUAUAA